GUAUAAACCGGUUAUUUUCUUAUUUGCUUUGAUCGGCCAAUUAAACUAACCCGUUCGAAUCAAAACCCUAAUUGUUUUUCUGAUGAUGUCUUGUCCCUUCGACUCUUUCUUUCCUGCUCUGCCUUCCAAUCCUUGAUUCCGUCUUCCUGCCUGCGAUUCCCCUCUCCGGCGACCGCCGCAGCUCUCCUCUCAGUCGUGCCGGCCUCCGCCUAUCACCGCCGUCUCCUUGCUCGCCUCCUCCACUGCUUCUUUCAAGAGUCGCCCGGGGAAUAGACCUUGCAGUUCCACCAGUGGGUCGCAGAGAUGGCUGCAAGUUUCGUUUCCAAGUUCUCUCGCGUGGGGCGAUCUCUGUUGGGGGGACUAAGCAACAACAUUUCAUCUGUAGCAGCCAGCAGCACAUCACCUGAACUCACUUCCAGCAGCAAUGCCCUGUACCAGCAACAUAGGACGUUCAUUCAAAUGAGGACGGUUCUCAAAGUUGCAGAUAACUCGGGUGCCAAAAAGGUGAUGUGUAUACAAGCGCUGAAGGGGAGGAAAGGUGCGAGGCUGGGGGACACAAUCGUGGCUUCGGUGAAAGAAGCAAUGCCGAAUGGCAAGGUGAAGAAAGGGAAGGUUGUGUAUGGAGUUGUUGUGCGGGCUGCCAUGCAGAAGGGGAGGUGUGAUGGAAGCGAGGUCAAGUUCGACGACAAUGCUGUGGUUUUGGUCGACAAGCAAGGUCAGCCUAUCGGUACCAGAGUUUUUGGUCCUGUGCCCCACGAGCUCAGGCGGAAGAAGCACGUCAAGAUCCUCACUCUUGCCGAGCAUAUUGCCUGACUUUUUAGUUGUUGUUUUAGGUGUUAUAGAUAGUUUGAUGUUUCGCUUCCAUGUAUCUGUCGAUGACUCUGUUUCUGGUUAAUCGUUAAGCUGUUUACGGCAGAGCAGAACCAUGCACUUUGUUUACAUAAAAUCGACGAGAACUUUCAGCUAGUAUCAAUCGGAAAAGUUUAUGGGUUUAUGGUUCAAAGAUAACUAUUAUAGAACUGCUAGUUAAUUGUUGAUGGAAUUAUUAAUUCAUUAUAACCUAAAUAUACUA